UGAUGUCGUUUGUGCAUUUGGAGAGGACCGGUCAACAUGAAGGUGCUCUUGUUGCUAGGACUAGGACUCUGUUUUCUAGUCUACAUACAGCCGCAGACACAUGGCGGUGCUGACGUAAUUUUUGUAGUGGACAGCACUGAUCGAGUAGGUGCAGUCAACUUUGAAAAAAUUCGAAACUGGAUCAAAACCGUGGUCCAGAAUUGGCAGAUUGGACUCAAUGACUUUCGUGUCUCUGUCAUCUCGUACGGAGACGGCGUCACUGUAGAAAACUUUUUAAAGGAUUCGGUGGAUGUCCAACAGGUUGUCCAAGCGAUUGACAAUAUGAAAUAUUACAGCCUGCCUGGCGACGCUACCGAAGCUUUACGAAAAGCUUACCUGGAAGGAUUUUUGCCAGCUAAUGGAGGCAGAAACGGAGAACGAGAGGUCAUCAUUCAUGUUGGAGCGGGGGCGGGAUCCGAUCCUGCAACUUAUGCGAAUGUGGUGAAAAAUGUGACAGGCAGGGGAAUCGUUCUGUACAACGUAGCCAUCGGCACAGGAUGGCUACAAAGUAGCCUGGGCCAGUACGCCAGUCAACCCAGCAUCAGAUACAGCAUCCCCGUGGCCAACUAUGACCUCCUGAACUCUGCCCUCACCUACACAGUUGCCACUAGAGUUGAGAACGAGGUACCCCGGACAGAUGGGGGAUUGCCGCAAGUCAACAGAAGUUGUCUGUCGACUGCCGACAUUGUGAUCUGUUUGGACGGUUCAAGCAGUGUGUCGGCGCCAAACUUUCAGAUCGCCAAAGAGAACGUGAAAAAUUUGAUCUCUCGUCUACCUCUAAGCCAGGACAUGGUUCACGUCGGCUUGGUACAGUUUAGUGCUAAACCUGUCCUCGAGUUCCCACUCAAUAGAUACUUUGACAGAUUAACCGCCCUGUCAGCUGUUGAUCACGUGACUUACCUUAAAGGCAACACCGAGACUGGUCUGGCAAUCAACUACAUCAGGACUGACGUGUUUGGUCCACUGAUGGGCGCUAGAGCAGGUGUUCCUAAAAUCAUCAUCCUUCUUACAGAUGGACAAGCGACCCAUCACGACGACGCUGUCAAUGCCGCCAACCAAGCCAGACAGAACGGGAUCGCCAUCAUCACAGUCGGCAUCGGCUCUCAGAUAGACCAGUCAGAGCUGGAACAAAUCUCAGGAAACAGGGACUACGUGUUUCGUGCUACAGACUUCGAGGGAUUGACGCACCUAAUUGAACCAAUCCUCAACACGACCUGCAUCGUGCAGGAAACGAUGGUAACACCAACACCAAUCAUAACUCAUUUCAACGAGACGUGUGUUGACAAUUAUCCAAAUUGUGUUGUUUACAAAAACAAAGAUGGCGGAUGUGACUUUUGUUCGCAGUUUCCAGAAAUAGCAAAAGACGCAUGCGCAAGAUCGUGCGGUCUGUGUAAUGCCCUCUUGCCGACCUCAUUGGUUACAUAUCCGACCUGCAAAGACAAAUUGAACAACUGCACAUCCUAUGAGACCAACGACUGCAAGGAAUUUUCCCCAUUUUUCACAGAAAACUGUGCACUUAUGUGCGGAUAUUGUGACUUGAAUGGCUUAUUUUCUGGAUUACAAAACAAAUGCAUGUACAAGUCAAAACUCUACAACCAAGGGGAGAAGUGGCAAGAUGGCUGUGAGUACGAAUGUGUCUGCACGGACGCUCAACACGGCAAAUUUGAAUGUACCUCACAGUGUGAUCUGUACCACCACGUGCCACCCUACUGCACGCUGAUACACAGGGAGGGUGAGUGCUGUCUAGAACCAGUCUGCCAUUUUGAAUCAACGACAAACACGUUCACCGUCACAUCACCCGGCGUCAAUGCUGAUGGACAAAGUGUGUGUGAGUACAACGGGAGACAGUACCUACAAAAUCAGUUUAUUGACAACGGCUGUACCAGUCAGUGCACGUGCAUCGAUGCUAUUAAAGGAACCAUCUCCUGUAUGGACACGUGUCCCACCUAUAACGUGUCAAGCCUCCCGUCUUUCUGUCACCUGGAGAAGGAGCCAGGCUCUUGCUGCCAGGAACCUAAGUGUGAGCUGCAGACGUCCACGGCCAUCAUCCACGGCUUUGGAACUGUUUCAGACCACGCUGGGUACAAACAAAUUUAUGAUGGCUCUGGGAAUCCCGUAGCGGGCCCUAAUGACCACUGCAUACAAAAUGGCAAUCCAUAUGUGGAGGGCAACACGUGGCAGCCAGACUGUGAGCACGUAUGCACGUGCGACACGCAGUACUACGGUUAUUACAGGUGUUCUAGCAAAUGUCCCACCUACGACACGAUACCCGCUGGCUGCCGGAUUGAAAACGUCCCCAACGACUGCUGCCCCCACAUCGUGUGUGCUAACGGCACCGUCCUCCUGCCCUCCACCCUCGAGCUGGGCAAGCCCGUGGCCGGGACCAACGUGUACGUGUACACCAACAACGGGCUGGUGCCGCUCCUGCCAGUCAUCAGCCCUGACGGCUCCAUCUUCACCGGAUCAUCCGCUUACUCGGCCGUCUCUGUCAGUGGCUGUUUGUUCAAUGGGAAAAUCCUGGCCAGAGGUGAAGUUGGUAAAGACAGCAACUGUGGCAUGACGUGUCUGUGUCUGGACGAGACCAGUGGUCAGAUGUCUUGUCUCGACAGGUGUGCCACCUACGCACCGGACAACAAGUUCUGCACUAUCGUCACCGACCCGUUUGAUGCCUGCUGUAAGGUGCCCAGCUGCCCGCUCUCCGUGCACAACCCGCCCAUUGGCUCAUUCCCACAGCCGCAUAUCGUGUACAGCGUGGUGAAAACUCCUGACUUAAAGGAAUUGUUUGGCCUCCACACAACCCCCCGCCCGACGGUUGCUGACCUGCAUACGUCACCACUCUCCAUGUCCACCUUUGACCCUUCACACUCAGUCAAGCCACAAAGCGCAAAUGAUCUACCGACAAUGCCACCAGGAAAAGUUGUAGAUCCAAACGCCACAGGUCACUGUGUGCACAUAGAAUCCGGUAAAUCGUACAGGGAGGGGGAGAGAUGGACGGUGGGCUGCCAGUACAACUGUCUGUGUGUGGACGCAAGUCUCGGACAGUACAUCUGCACUGACAUGUGUAAAAAGUUUAUCUGUCCCGAUGGCUUCACCUGUUCUUCGUACACCGACCCCCAGUUCCCGUGUUGCAACCUGAUGGAAAUCAACCUGCCAACCCAGGACCCACUUGUGCCAACAGUCGUCCCAACAUCUCUGGUAUCUGGACGUACCUGCCAUUAUAACGGAAAAGACUACCAUGAGGGGGAGGUGUGGCAGGAGGGAUGUGACAAAAGAUGCCACUGUCAAGCAUUGAACGCCACUUUCAUGUCCGUCGCAUGCCAAGAUUUGUGCCCGACUUACAUCAACCUCCCACCUGGCUGUACAGAGGUCAGAACACCUGGCGAGUGCUGCCCAACGUUAGUAGGUGACACCUGCUCAGGUCAGUACUGCCUGGAUCCCCAGGGUAACCCCCACCUCCCGGGGAGCAGCUGGAGGGAGGGCUGCUCUUACGAGUGUACCUGUCUACAGAGGGCUGAUGGAUUUUAUCGCGAGUGUCGCGGCAUCUGCCCUGUGUUCCAGAAUUUGGACCAGUACAUUUGCACCUUCCCCACCCCUGCCCCAGGCAAGUGCUGUGCCCUACCACAGUGCUGCGCCGACGCUGACUGCCACAUCAAAGUCCAGUUUCAAAUAGAUGACCAGUACAAAGAUGAAUUUUAAAUCUGGACAUUCUUACUGCACGUUUUAUAAAUCCUCUUCCUAACACUCGACAAUAAAGUUCUCAAAUAAUUACUAAAU